AUGCACAGGUUCGGCGUGCCUUCAGGAAGAAGCCUGUGGCCACUGGGGAAGACAAUCCUUAUUUUUCUCGGAGUGGUGGCAAUCCUGGGAGUAACUGUCGGUCUCCUUGUUCAUUUUCUGGCAGUUGGAAAGGUUUACUAUUAUCAAGGUGAUUUUCAUAUUUCUGGAGUCACACACCAUGAUAGUUGUCAAAUCGGAGCUUCUCCAGAAAGCACAGCUCUAAGCAAAGAUAUUGAAACUAAGAUGCUGUAUAUGUUUCAAAAUUCUAGUAUAUAUAAAGAAUAUGUCAACUCUGAGGUCAUCAAGCUUUUGCCGAAUGCCAAGGGCUCGCACGUGCACCUGCGGCUGACCUUUGAGUUUCCUCGGGCGCGCAGGCACCGCGUGUGGACUCAGAUCCGGGCGAUCUUGCAUCAGCUGUCGAAGAACAACGCGGCUUCCUGGAAGGCGGUCCCCACUUCCAUUAAACUUACAGAAAUCAGCAAGGCUACUUAUGAAAUGCUUGCCAAAAACUGUUGUGGGAGGCGAGCGACCAACAGUAUUAUAGCUGGCAACAAAGUUGUGAAUGGGAAACCUGCACUGGCAGGGAUGUGGCCGUGGCAGGCCAGCUUGCAGUGGCAAGGCCAGCACCACUGCGGGGCCUCACUUGUGAGCAGCAGGUGGCUGGUGUCUGCCGCUCACUGCUUCCAAUGGGCAAGCAGUCCAGAAGGCUGGACUGUCAACUUUGGAAAUGUAGAAAAAGAUCCACAUAUGACUCGGAAAGUCCAGAACAUUAUUCUUCAUGAAAAUUAUAGGAAUCCCUAUCACAACGACAUUGCCCUAGUGCAGCUUGCCGAGGACGUUCCUUUUACCAAGUUUGUCCGCAGUAGCUGUCUUCCUGAUGCUAACUUGAAGCUCUCAGAAAAUGCCAGUGUCGUGGUGACCGGAUGGGGACACCUAUCUCAUGGUGGUCCCUCCCCAGACAUACUCCAACAAGCCUUUUUGAAGAUUAUUGAUAAUGAAAGCUGCAAUGCCCCACACGCCCUGUCUGGGAUGGUGGACAAGACCAUGCUGUGUGCCGGGUUUAUGUCGGGGGAGGCUGACGCCUGUCAGAAUGAUUCUGGAGGACCACUAGCUUAUUCUGAUUCCAGAAAUAUCUGGCACCUUGUUGGAAUAGUCAGCUGGGGUCAGGGAUGUGGCCAAGAAAAUAAGCCAGGUGUCUAUACACGUGUGACUUCUUAUCGCCAUUGGAUCACAUCCAAGAUUGGGCUCUGA